AUGCGCACCAAAAUCAUUGCCCUACCUCUCUCCGUCCUCAUGUCGGCCGUCUCAGCUAUUCAUCUAGACUGUGCCGUUGACCCCAACGCCCAAUGUGAUCCAGCUCAGUACUGCACCUUCUCAUGGAACAACGGUGACUGUGCCUCCACAGGAUGGGGUUCAAAUGACCAAGUUCCCCUCUUCAAUGAAUGCUUAACAGACCAGAGCUGUACAGACAAAUGUGUCAACGGCCUCUGCUGUAACACGAGCAAGUUGCCUAAUGGGGAGGCCGACUGUCCCACAACCGACAUAAUUUCUGGAUGCUGCUAUGUACGCUCACCUGGCCCAGGAGGUACAGGAUCGUGGGCUCCCGUUGAGCGUACUCGACCCUCGGAGCUUUCCUGCGGUUGUUAA